GCCGGCGCGCUCUCCCUGGACUCACAGCGCCCGUCUGGCCGCGCCUGCGUUAUAGCUCUUUUCCCGGCAUCCUUUGCCCUCUUCAGCGGCCGCUGCCAAUAUGGGACGCGUGCGAACAAAGACCGUGAAAAAGGCUGCCCGGGUUAUCAUUGAAAAGUACUACACGCGGCUAGGGAACGACUUCCACACGAACAAACGGGUGUGUGAAGAGAUUGCUAUCAUCCCUAGUAAGAAACUGCGCAACAAGAUAGCUGGGUAUGUCACGCAUCUGAUGAAGCGUAUUCAGAGGGGGCCUGUCAGAGGUAUCUCCAUCAAACUGCAGGAAGAGGAAAGAGAGAGAAGGGAUAACUAUGUCCCUGAGGUCUCUGCCCUUGACCAGGAGAUCAUUGAAGUUGACCCAGAUACUAAGGAAAUGCUGAAACUGCUGGACUUUGGCAGUCUGUCCAACCUGCAGGUCACGCAGCCCACUGUGGGAAUGAACUUCAAAACCCCAAGAGGAGCUAUCUGAAUCCAUUGCUGCGCUGUCACUUUUCCAAUAAACGUGGGAAACCAAA